GUGCUCGGGCCUGUUAUUUAGUUGGACUUGGACGCCGGCCGACUUGACCACGCUCCAACUCGCCGCGCCGCCGCUUGCUCCCGUUCUCGCCGUCGCAGCCCGGGAAGACGAGAGAGUGUGGCCGCCGCCUGCUUCUUCUCUAGCGCUACACCUCGAUGGGUCAAGGUCUGAGCCAGCCCGCGCAGGCGGUGGAGGAGCCUUCUCCGCCUGCCGUCGAGGCGGCGCCGUCGUCGUCGCCGUCUCCUGCCCCGGCGCCAUCUUCCCUCGAGGCGCUCGCCGCAGAGGCUAUGUCAUUUGACGAGGAUGGCAAUGAGUCAAUUGAUGUGAAGGUACAGAAAGCACUGGACUGUCCAUGUGUAGCUGAGUUGAAAAAUGGUCCUUGUGGAAGUCAAUUUGUUGAUGCGUUCUCUUGCUUCCUGAAAAGCACAGAAGAGGAAAAGGGAUCAGAUUGUGUGAAGCCUUUUAUCGCACUGCAGGACUGCAUCAAAAUCAAUCCAGAGGCGUUUUCUAAAGAGAUUUUGGAAGAAGAGGAGAAUGACGAGGAGGCUGAGAAGUCCAACCUGAAAGUUAGAGCACCAGCAUGGUCCAGAGAAUCUAAGCCAAAGCUUUGAUUAGAUGGUGUGGUGUUUGGCUGAUACACUGAUACAGGCAUUCCUCCACCAGUCGACACACAACAUCACCUUGUUUCUUCUACGAGUGCUUCCGUAUUAGAUCAAUUGUUUUUGAGAUGGUGGUACAUAAAUUUGAGUCAGCAAUGAAGCGUCCAAGACACUUCGGCGGAAAUAAGUAGUAUUUCCACAAUUUAAUUUACAACAAACACUUACUGUUCAAAUGGAGAACUGACGAACUUGUAAUAUGACGUCAGUUCUAGACGGAUUAUACGAGUGGGUAAAGAUCAAAGUUAAUUAUUCUCGCGAUUACUGUCAGCUAAUGAUGGAUCAAUGUAUUGCCUUGAAUUGGUAACUGUUCGUCA